GUCGUUACGGUUGGUGCCGCAAGCAAUGAGCCGAAGCAGCAGCCAAGUCAACAUCCGACAGGCGUAUCCGCAAAAGGCCAUCAUCGCCCAAGCGCAGGUCGCCUCCCCCACGGCAUCCCCCACCCUCAGAAGCACCUACGACCCCACUCGCCCUGCCACCGCGCGCGUCGAAGUGCCCCCUUCGCGAGGGAGUGGCAGCGUCGGAGUCGUAGACUCCCGUCCGAACCGCCCCAGCAGUGCCCACACGAGGCUCCUCACGACCUAUGGCGCCCCGCAGUCCACCAAUGCAAGUCCAGACCAGGCUGCAGUGAUUACCAAACAAGAUUUGAGGCGAAAACGAGCGGAGGAGUAUUUGAGUGAUCGCGUGCGUCAAAUCUACAACGACGUGGGCCGAGACACUCGACCAGUGAAAAAGCACUUGUUUCACGAUGGGUCCUUCGGCAGUAACUCUAGCGGGGGGCGCGUCUCCUCCAACACGUACAAGGGGGACACUGAAUCCCUGCAAGACACCAUCCAUGCACUCAAGUUUCAGCUGCAUCAAGAAGCGGACAAACGAAGCAAGAUGGCGGCGCGCUGUCGUCGGCUCGAGCAGGUGGUAGCGAUGAAGGACAAGAAGUUGGAAGAAGCAUUGGCCUUGCACGCCCAACAUGGCUCGUACAACUCGUACCAGCGCGAAUUGGCCAACCGCGAGCGCGCAUACAACCACAUGCUGGGAAAACUGCGGGAAAAGAUUGAUCAGCAAGCAACGACGUUGGCCGCGUACGAAGACACGGUGAACGAUCUCAAGGCCAGCACCAAACACACACGUGUGAUGGAAAUGGAGGAAACCUUGGCGCAACUGUCGAUGGAAUUGAAGUUGACCGAGGCCAAGGUCGAGGACAGGGACCGAGAACUAGCCCAGUGCUACAAACAACUGGAAGAUCGAUCAGAAAGCACGGCUCAAAAGGCCGUGAAACGGCUGCGCACGGUUGUGCUAGCCCUCAACGACGACAAGAAGCGGCUGGAUAAGGAAACCAAAGUGCUCAAGGCGUACAUUUUGGCCAAGGAACGGGAACUGGCGGCCAUCACCGUCGCAGCCAAGAGCCAACCCAAGCCCAAACAACCCAGCGCGGUUGUUUCCCCCAACAAACCGACGGCGCGUCCGGUUGUCGUGGCCGACCCGACGACUCCAAAACCCCCGCCAUCUAAAUCUGCCGGACGGCCGCUGUCUGCAAGUCGCAGCCGCCCUAUCAGCACCCCAGGCCGCUCCUUGUCGACACCGCAACGCCCUCUGAAGAGUGAACACACAGCAGUAGUCGUCUCCCCCAAGCCCACUUCGGCCAAAAGGCCAACGGUGACGAAAGCUACUGCACCCCCUCCAGUGUCUGUUACGCCAGUUGUCCCUCCCUUGCCGUUGACAGUAUGCAUGAUGGCGGAGCUGGUGGAACCCGAAAUUCCAUCGCCUCCCCCUCUGGAGAAACCAUUGGGGCUCGAGAUGUUGCAGACCAAGGUGGCGCCGACGGUCCCAGUUGUGGCUAUUCUAACCGUGGCCUCCACCACUGAGCCGCCAAAGUCCACGAUGUCAGCCCCCGCAACAAUUGAUGCGGUGAAGUCCAGUAAGCUGGAAACAAGUACAACUUCUCUCUCGGAAGCCCCAAUAUCCAACAAUCCCUAUUCAAACUCGCUUCCACAAGUUGUAGCCCCCGCAACGGCCGACGACGACUCGCUCGUCGAUGAUUCAAAAGACACGACCGACAUUGAACGUAUUUUAAACGGCGGAGGCCGCGCUGCUGUCGCCGACAUUUCUUCGCCACCGGAUGACGAUGAUAUGGACGAUGCAGACUUCGAGGCGCUGAUGGCGUUUGAGACAAAGGCAACACCUCGUCAAGAUGAAAGGCGUGACGAGACUGUUAAACUCAAUGACAAGGACGACGACGACGUCGACGAAGAAGGGGACGUGUUGACUGAGAUUGCCGCGCUGAAGAUUCAAAAACUCUACAAAGUAUACUCGCGCCGACGAGACUCGAUGGAGUUGCACCGCGAAACGAAGAAGAAACAACAGCACCGACAAUCGUCGCGUAACAAGCUCCAAGAUACACUGGUGGGGGGGCAAGACGCUGUGGCGCAGUCGUUGUUGUCAAGCUCUUCGCUGGGUAGCAGCACUUCGAGAGAAGCACCGACCAGAAUUCCAGUCGAGGCAGAGCACAAAGCUGCGUCCGUCAUCCAAAAAGCGUAUCGUCGGUCAACGACGACGACAACAACUGCAGUUUCUGGGCCAACAACGGAACAACGUCCAGCAGGUGAAAGAGCAAGUCUAGAGAUCACAGAAGUACAAGCGACACACGUGGAGAGCGGGGGUAAAGCUGUCAUCGUGGACGCAAUGCCCGCAGAAAGCAACAUGCAAAACUCUUCCAGUCAGUCGGUGGUCAAAUUCUUGGGGGAAACUACCGCUACAGCCGAGCCAUGUAUUGACAAUACCAACGACGAAUCGUAUUUUGAACCUGCUGAAAGCGAUGGGGAGGUGACCCCCAGCGCGUCUGAAUCCCUGUUGGUGCCGUCUUCUUCAAACAAUGAGGCAAUGUGGUCGAACAACUCCGAUGGGUACUCAGCACCAGACGAGAGCGAAGGCCAGGUCACCCCUAGUGCAUCCAAUGACGCAUUCAAUGUUAUCCCCAACUCAACGCUAGUCGAUCACAACGAUAUGAAAAUCGAUUCUCCCAGACAGGAAGACAACGACGACGAGAAUUCUCAGCCAGGUUCCCCCCACGGCAAGCGCACACCAAGUCCGAAAGUUGCAGAGGGGUACAGUGUGCAACAUACCGUCGCCGCCACCGCCAUCCAAAACGCAUUCCGUCACUCGUCGUCAGCAGCAUCAUCCCGUGGGAAUGCACCCUCCGCGCCAACAUCGGCCGUCGACGUGAACGACGACGAUAUGUACUCGGAAGUCGCUGAAAGCGAGGGCAAAAUUUCACCUAGUAUAUCGGAUUCAGAAUUGAAUGGCGCUUCUCCUCACCCAAUCAAAGCUGAGGCCACCCAGCAAACGGCCGCGGCCUCUGCGAUUCAAAAGGCAUACCGUCGGUCGUCCAUGGCUGGAUCGAAACCAAUCGCACAACAUGAUGACGAGGGUACAUAUGACGACAACUACGACGACGACGAUGUCGCAGAUGAUACCCCGUACUCGAAUGUUGCUUCCAGCGACGGCUCGGCCGUGUCACCUAACGGGUCGACCAUCGAGAUAGGCGCAGCAACUUCGGAAAUGCCCACCGAGAAGCGGCAUGCCGCGGCGGCGGCGAUUCAGAAAGCAUUUCGUGAUGCGAUCGUGAGGGGAAAUGGUCACCCCUCAAACGACACAUCAGCUUUGAUAUCGGUACAUGAAGAUCUUGGCGGCGCGGACGCCCCCUCCGAUGUGGUACAAAGUGGCCACGAGCGCAACGCUCCGACGCCAGUCCCCCCCUUGGAUUACGAAGCAGACAAGCAUGCGGCGGCGACCACCAUUCAAAGCGCGUUUAGGCGGUCAAUUCCUUCCACGCCUCGGGCGAUUGACGAAUGUGAAGUCACACAGCCCAGCACGGAUGCGACUGCCGAGGCAUGGUCUACCUUCCCCAUGAACCUGUCGACCCAACAGAACCAAGCGGCCAGUGCCAUUCAAAACCCUCUCGUACGGCCGUCUCUCGCGUCUGAUGCCACUGGAGAAGCAGAAGCUGCCGGGGACGACGAUGUGUACUCUGAGCCUGGAGACGGCGACGACAAAUUGAUUCCGUCAACGUCCUCGUCGCAUCCUACUCGAGCCUAUGAUGAGCACGACUCGAUGAAUCAAGAUGACCAUGUGCCACAAGCUGAAGGUGCACGGCGUCCAGUCCAAGAUGCCAAGAAACCAUCGACAUCCUAUGAUACCCCCCACGAAGGCGGCGACGAUGGAUCCUCAAGCCUUACAACCCACUACAACAUGGCUGAAGCAACGACUUCCUCAAGUGCCAACGGCAAGGUGCACACUGGGGGCGAGGCGAUCAACGCUGCAUCGGCUUAUGUGGCCGCGCAAGAGGUGAAUUUGAACGACGCUGCAAGUACAAUCCAGCACGCAUUCCGCCAUAGCACCCCACGCAGGACCACUACGCCAACUUCUACGGAUCGACCCGUGGAAACUGACCCCACUCGUCGCCACACUGGUGACGUUAUCGAUGACGACACGUCGUUGUAUAACGUCAUCCCCACGCCACGUGAUAACGAGUAUCCCAACGACGAAGAUGUGACACCGUCGCAAGCGCCAAACACGUCAAGCCAAGACGACGUACCUUCGACGUCCGACCGCCACUUGAUCGAAUCGGUGAUGGAUCACUUGGACGACGAAGACGAUACUGACAGGCGGCUGGCGGCCGACGUGCCGCUCGAAUACGAAGACGAGUUUCUGGACGACGACAACGCAGACAACGAAGGCAUCUCAGAAGACGCGCAGCAGCUCGUGGCGGACUAGCGUGCCGAGGAGUAGUAGCAUGUGGGCAGUAAAUUAGUAUAUUUAAUAUCGUUUCGCUAGUACUGUACUACAUCAGCGAUGGUUGGUUGGUGCUUCGUCGACUUCGACGAGAACUUCGCUGCUUCAGGGCCUGGGGAGGUGUGAACUCGACGCCGUCUUUCACCCUGUCCUCUGGUGCCAAAUUGGAUCGAGCGGCAUACUGGGACGCCAGCCAGUCCACCGCGAUGGAGUUUGUGGCCACAAGCGUGUAGUACUCGAAGAGUUCUGCUUCUCGUUGCGCAAUCUUCGUUCGACGGCGCAUGUCCUCGAGGACGUGCUUGGGCGGGAACGAUGGCAGAACGAGGGACUUGUCCAGCGCGCGAAGUGUGUGCAGGAGGGUCGUGUGCAGCUGGCGCAGUUCCGAGUAUCGCCCGUUCAAGCUGAAGCGGAAAGCGUCGCUUUGCAUCUCAACGUAGAACCGCACGGAUUUCCCGUCGGCUUCCAAGUGUCCUGUCACUGCCAGCCCAACGCUCAUGAUAUUGUAUGUAGA